AGCUCCGGUAAUACUCAAAUUUACGUUUCUUUACACACGGCUUUGUCUUGUGGCUGUAUUUAGUUUUCGACUUUGUCUUGAUUUCUUUCGCUUUUGCCUGAGAGGAAUUCAGCAAAAACUUUUCUGUGAUAGCUCCUACGGAGACGUUUUCACGGCUUAAUAACAGACUAUUACUCAAAUUUAGCUACGUUUCUUUAUACACGGCUUUUGUCUUGAGGUUGUAUUUAUUUUGUUUUCGUCUUUGUGUUGAUAUCUUUCACUUUUUUGCCUGAGAGGAAUUCAGGGAAUUCAGCUCCGACGGAGAUGUUAUUUUUUUUUCACCCGUGGCGUCUGCCGGAGUUUCCAUUUUGGAAUCGCGGAUCCUUCACCAACUGCUUAUUGGGACUUCCAGAAAACCAAAGAAUGAGUAAUGGACUCCAUUGAGAAGGCCAUACGGACCGUGCUACCACAGCUAGAUGAAGCAAAGCUUGAAACUUUAGUCAAUGAGUUGGUGAAAGUAGGUGUUGAAGGACCAGAUGAUCUGCAGUUUAUUCAAGAAGAUGACAUCAAACAUCUGCUCACACCCAUUCAGUGCAGAAAAAUUAUUCAUUCCUUGAAAGGUCCUUCCAAUCCCCAGCUGAGCCCUUCAUCGUCUGAGCCACUGUCAGUUGCCUCUUCCAGCACAUGCCCCGUAUCAUCUAAUAGUCACAUCUCUGCAUGGGUGAACAGUUUUGAGGUGCCAUGGAACAAAGUCAGGCUGACUCUUAGACGAGCAGUAGAUGCUGGUGAGAGGCCAGCUCCGGAUGACCGCAGACACUUGAUAAAAGUCACUGUUGAUGCGAUGAGAGAGCAUUCCUUGAACCCUACUCGCAGAGAGUGUGUGGUAGUGGCUAAAGCUAUAACUCAAAAAUAUCCAAAUAGCUUUUUAGACAAAAAUGAAGAGGGGGAGUUAAUUGGAUGUGGCUAUUUCAGCAUUAUAAAUCAGCUCAAAACCAGAGUAGAAUAUUUGAAUCGAGGCAACACUCUUUCCCGUCUGAGGAAGCACAAACGCACCCAGAGAGAUGAUGAGGAUGGUGAUGAUGACCAGCCAGCAGUAACUUCAUGUGCAAGAAUCGACAGUUAUGGGUGUGUUCGUUGGCAGCCAGAGGACUAUCCAGAUGGGGAAACACCAGCAUCAUUAGAGGAAAAGAAGCUUGAGAUGAUGGAUAUAUUCAGCCGAGAGGGACUCAAGGGCACUGAGAGAGGAAGAGUUAAAGACCUAAUGGCAAUCACUUAUGCCAAACAGCGGGAAUACAUUAACGCAAAGCCUUCCCCAAGCAUUCUGGAUGUGGGUAAAGAGUGGCCAUUUCUCUUAUCACAGAAGUUUUUAUUGUCACACUUCACCACUCUCACCAAUGUUGAACUAUACACAAGACUGAAUGAAGAUUUGGACAAAAAGGGUAAAAGACUCCUGGAUUUCUUCAGUAGUCAGAUUACAAAGUGGAGGAAAGAAGUAAGAGCUGUUCUGAAGGAAGCCAUAAAGAAGGACAGAGAAGGAUCUGAUGGCCUAGCAGCGCUGCUUGUGAUGUUGGCACACUUCAAAGAGCAAGAGGAGUCACUUUUUCUCAUGGCUGAUGAGACUACCACUCCCGCAGACGCAGAGGCCCAGCUGUCUCUCCCAAUCACUCCAAGGAUCAUCAUGCUCGGAGAGACAAUCCUGACUGCAAAAAAAUGGAUGCUGUCGAUCGAGGGGAGGGUCGUAAUCCCACCUGGUGCUCACAUGGCGGACUUCACCACUGCCUUGGCCACUCUCUUCGCCUCUUACUAUGUAUUCAACCUAGAAUAUCAGGUGGAAGCCAGCACAACACUGGAGUUUGUUCAGAGGUUUUUAGUCAGGAUUAAUCCUGACUCCAACAAGUGCACUGCCAAGGAGCAGAUGAGCAAGACGACUGGGAGAGUGGUGAAGCGGAAGACUUCAUACAUGAACCCCAAUGUAAUCUCCUUCAUCAGGGACUUCACAGAGUUCUACUUGCUAACUGGCUAGAAACAGGACUCCAACUAGGAUUCAAGGUUUCCAAGGUCAGGGCAUGCAAGAGACCAGACCUUUUGUCAAGUGGCAGGGGAAGUUUAUUUUCCUUUCCGUUUUAAAUGUUCAUGCAGAUGUUAAAUAUUACAUUUUUUUACUGUUCAAUGUUUUAUUUUAUUUUAAUAUUGCCAUAGUGUUAUUUAUUGCUCUUUAGAAUGUGGUAAUGUUAUUUGCACGGCUUUAAAGUAGUUAAAUUAUUUUGCCGUAUUGUUUCAAUUUGUAUUAUUGUUCCGUCAUAGCAACCAGUCAUGCUGAACUAGUGAAUGAACUAGUAACCGUUUGCUCUGUAACUUUACAAAACUUGUAAUGAAAUAGCCUCAUUUUGUAAAAUUUUCUUCAGUUGUAAAUUAAAUUUAGCAACAGUAGAAUAAUUGGAUAAUAGACUUCACCAUUAGACUAUCCAAAGUUAACACACUCUGCUGGGCUGCAUUACAAACAUAGAACGUGCGUUAACUUUGGAUGGUAUAAUGGCAUGUUGUCCAAUGUCCAUUAUCCCUUUUAUGUUGUACCUGUUUGUCAUUCCUGUUCACUAAAUAUUUUUAAAUAAAUAACUGUUAAAAAUG